GUCACUCAUGGACCAGGUGGCAGGAGGCACGAUCGACCCGCACCGAGGGAUUGCAGCUGGCUCUUCGACGGCAACGUUCGAGGUGAAAGGUUACAUCCUCCCGACGAUCCACGAGACUCGGAUUGAUGACGACGCCAUCAUAUCGGUUUACAUGGAUGAUAUUACUUUCGAUUCGAUAGGCGACACGAUCGAGAAGUGCUUGAAUGGUUUAGCUGAUUUGGCGGGCCGAGUUUUCGCGAAGUUCACCUAUACCUUGGAGUUGCCUAUCCACAUGAAAAAAAUCAACUUCACUUCCAACGGCAUCGAGGUCAUGAGACAGGCCCCGAUUGCCCUUGGCGGAUAUCCUGGAACGAUAGCGAACUCGAUCACGAACCUGGGGGGUGACUUUAAUGUGGGCAAGGAGCUGAAGAAGCUCAGAGUGCAGACGGCUAGGCUCUCGGGGUUUUGGUCUUCAGGAGCAGAUAUUGAUGUAGCUUGGCUGUUCAAGCCUACAGCGGAUCCCAUCAACCAUGCUGGCGCCACUUUUCGUAGAUAUUGCAAGGAAUGGUGGAUGUCGACGGACAAGCAGAUAUGCACGCCUGACACCCUGACCCCCAAAGAGACACGUUUGUGUUCCGAGCAUUCCCUCGACUUCUUCGAGAGAGUUUCUUCAGACAAAGGUUGCCCGCGCUGGGUUAGGGGCCCCACUACAGAUGUUCUCUUCUGGAUCGAGCAGGCAGGCUGGAAGUUUAAGGGCCCAGCCAAGCUGAUCACCGUGAAUGGGCUCGAGCUCAAUGUCACGGAGUCUUCGCCAGCCUUGAUGCAGAAAAUGUUUAUAGCAGAUUUGAAGAGCAACUUCCUGGGACGUGCUGUUCGGAGGAAACUUCCGUAUCCUGAUGACCCAGAUGAAGAUGUCCAUCCCAGGGCUAAAGAUAUACGGGAACGAGACCCCUGGGGACAUCCAAUAUGUAAGGUCUGGAACAGUGCGAAAUGGAGUUGCUCAGCAAAGCGCAUCAUGAAACACUUAGUCAACGGGGCCACGCCGACGAGCCACCUCCUAUGGAAGCGCGGCUUCAAGAUCGAGCCGACCUGCCCGUACUGCGGCCUGUGCGACACGAUCUAUCAUAGGCUCUGGCACUGUCCACACGGGGAUCCAGCCAGGAAUGAAAUUGAUCAAGUCAUCCAGGACGCGGCCCGCAAGUCGGUGGGCAAGGACCCCUUGUACACAAGCCUCUGGAUCCCCGUGCCAGAAAUAAAGCAGCAGCCCCCCGACGAUGGCCAAGUAGAGCACAUCGACAGGGGGGGCGAGAUCGACGAGUUUGAUUUCACAUGCCCCACGCAGAUCUUCAUCGAAG